UCAAAGUAACAAAAAGAAAAGGUGGAUGUGUUAAAGCAUCUCCUUCUUCUUCUUCUUCUUCUCGAUUCAGAAAUCUACCAGUGUCUUCCUAAGCAAGCCUUUGAUUUGUUGACCUCAAUCGGAACCGGGAGACGGCGAAAUGAGCCAAGACGCCAAGAGAAGCGUUCCCGGUACUGUGCCGACGAAGCCGAAUUCCGACGACCGGAAGCCCUCGCCAGCGGUCACGACCUCCACCGGCAAGCGCGUCAUCAUCAAGAGCGCCGAUAUGUUCCAGGACAUGCAGAAGGAGGCCGUCGAAAUCGCCAUCGGCGCAUUUGAGACUCAUAGCGUAGAGAAGGACGUGGCGGAGCAUAUAAAGAAGGAGUUCGAUUCGAGGCACGGACCUACUUGGCAUUGCAUCGUCGGUCGCAAUUUCGGUUCGUAUGUGACUCAUGAAACGAACCACUUUGUCUAUUUCUACCUGGAUCAGAAAGCAGUUUUGCUAUUCAAAUCUGGAUGACCACCUGUGAUGUUGAUAAAGAUCGGAGAAAAGAAUGAUGAGCCUGAGCUUGUGAUGCUAUAAUUUGCACCUGUAUGUAUUAAUUGAGAUCUGCUAGCUUGCAAAAAUGCGUGUGCUUAACUUGUAUAUCAACUAUCACUUCUACUGGCUUUGAACCUUUGGUCUGAAUUUCAGUCUUUCAAAUUAAUGAUUUCUUGAACUUUUCUUGUUAAUCUCAAA